UAGCAAAGUAUGUAUGUAAUGCAGGUCCCGGACUUCGAGUGCUUGUGCUUGACAUGCCAAGGUCAACUUGUAUCGGCCUGCAAUGAUUAUAGGCUUCCGUUUUUUAUUUAUUACAUAUGAUGCCCCUUGACUAAUCGAUUUUUCCAUUGGAAUCAAUGCAUAUGGAAAACCCCAAUGUAUCUCUCCUCCCUCCACCUGGCAUAUGCUGUCUUCCAUACUUAGAGCCAAAAGAAAAAGGUCGGAAAAAAAGUAAAAAAAAAUUAAAGAUUUGCAUUAUUUUGUUUAGGAAAAUUAUAAAAAAGAAGUAAGUUUGUAUCAUAAUCUGAAAAAUAAAUAUAUCAAUGCAUAUGGAAAACCCCAAUGUAUCUCUCCUCCCUCCACCUGGCAUAUGCUGUCUUCCAUACUUAGACCCAAAAGAAAAAGGUCGGAAAAAAAAAAAAUGAAAGAUUUGCAUUAUUGUUUAGGAAAAUUAUAAAAAAGAAGUAAGUUUGUAUCAUAAUCUGAAAAAUAAAUAUCUUUAUUUUCUUUUAGUAUUGAAUUUAGAAUCCAAGAAUAAGGUAAAGAGAAAUAAUCAAAUGAUCAGUUAGGUUACAACUUACAACUUUAGCUUUCACAAUAACUAAUGGUUUCAACGUAAAAAUUUAAUUAAAAAAAAAAAACAAUUGGUUUAGAAUUGUUGGUAUAAAAGUGAAAUAAGUGGCACAAAGCAAUUUAAAUAGGUAUGGAAAGGUAUUGAUAUAUAGUCAGAGAGCUGGGAUUAAUAAAUAAGAGUAGCAGAAGUGCAUUUGGGUGUGUUUGUUAUGAAUAUGGUAAUAUUUUAUCUCUCCGGACCUAUACAUUGAAAAGUAUGGGCUGGUUGAAGCAAAAAAAUAAAUAAAUAAAUAAAUGAAGCAUGUGGCCUUUGCCCAUCGCAUUCAGCUGUGUGUUGUUUUCUCUCACUUUUUAAAUGAUGAUAGCCAAGCCAUGGCUUUCAGUCGCUAUCUAAUAUCUUCCUUCCUGGUCUAAUUUCUUAGUAAGUGUUACUCUAAUUUGAAAAGACCAUCGACUAUUUUACUUGUUUAGUGUUCAUUUUCCACUAAAUUUUUUAAUAAAAUUGUGAUGCUGUGUAUUUGUUCUUCUUUUUUCCUUUUUUUCUUUUUAAGUAAAAUAUAAUUGAAUAUUAAGAGCUAGCCAUAUGGACCAACCGGCGGUAAGGCAAUCUUUUGGGAUUUGGACUUCUACUAUUGUGUUGCUGACAUGGCAGAUCAUGGUUCUGCCACCUCAGUAAAACAGCAAGGUCCCACCUUGUAGGACCCAUAUUUUGUUUGAAUAACGGAUCGUGCCUCCCUGUUCAACCAAUAUCAAAAUAAAUAAAUAAAUAAAAUACUGCUUGAAGCAAAAUUCAAGUGAGACAUCUUGCAGUCAUAGGAAAAGAAAUUUUCUUUCUUGGUUUCUGCUCCAAUCAAUCUUUCUUUUGCCCAUUUAAUAAAUAUUUUGUUUCAUGGCCAUCACGUCCUCUUUUCUCUCUCCCCCUUAAUUCAGCAUGCAUAAAAUAACUAUCUGAGCUGUGUUUUGUUUUCCAUGUUUUAGCUGAUGGUUUUUUUGGUGGAAUUCUUAGAGCAAAGUCAAAACACAUAGAGACAAAAGUUAUAUCGUUCUUCCCCAAGUUUCAUCCUUCUUCCAGCUGAAACACACCCAACCUUUCAUUUCCAAAAUUUUUCCUAAACUUUUGUGCUCUGAAACUCUCUUUUUUGCUUUUUCUUUUCCUUAAUAUUUUUGAGCUUCAAGCUGGAUUCAUCUCUUCAAGAAGUGAUUUAUUUUUUAGCUUCAAGCAAGCUGGAUUCAUCUCUUUAAGAAGUGAUUUAUUUUUGAGCUUCAAGCUGGAUUCAUCUUUUUAAGAAGUGAUUUUUCAGUGAAGUGAAGACCUUGUUAGCCAAAAAUGGGAAAUUCAGAAAGUUGCUUUUUUAACACAACCCAUUUGUUUACUCUUUCCCAUCAUCUAAGUUGGUUUUGUUGACUUAGUGAAUCAUUAUAUGUAAAACUACAAUCAUGGAGUUGAAGAAAGCAGAGAAGCUGGUCAGGUUUUACCAUGAUGGGAGAACAGAUCCUCAUUUUACUUGGAUGACAAACGAAACCCAGCAGCAUCUGGAAAAGCCAUUGCCGGUUUAUAAAGUAUCAGGGCCAACUUUGUUGAAAACAGAAGGAGGUGGUGUUGUUGAUGGGAACAGUAUCAAUAUUGUCAAAUUUGUGAAGGUUAAGGUUUUCCAAGAAAACCAUGAGCGAUGGCAGCAGAGAAUUCUUGAUCCGGGAAGUGAUAUUUUCUUGCAAUGGAACCGGGUUUUUCUCAUCUUUUGCUUAGUAGCCCUCUUCCUUGACCCAUUGUUUUUCUACCUUCCAUCGGUACAAAAUUUUGGUACCACAUCGUGUUUGGAAACUGAUUUGAAUUUGAGAAUUGUGGUGACUUGUUUUCGAACUCUUGCCGAUGUUUUCUAUUUGUUGCACAUGGUCAUAAAGUUUAGGACAGCCUAUGUCUCUCCAAGUUCAAGAGUUUUUGGGAAAGGUGAACUUGUUAUGGAUCCAAAAUUGAUUGCAAGGAGGUAUUUGAGAUCAGAUUUCUUCAUAGAUCUCAUAGCUGCACUGCCUCUUCCUCAGAUUCUGAUAUGGUUUACUAUGCCUGCAAUCAGAAGCUCACAUUCUGAUCAUGCCAACAAUGCCCUUGUUCUUAUUGUUCUGCUCCAAUAUGUGCCUAGAUUAUAUCUCAUAUUUCCAUUAAGUUCAGAGAUUAUCAAAGCCACUGGUGUUGUCACAAAGACUGCGUGGGCUGGGGCUGCAUAUAAUCUCCUACUUUACAUGUUGGCUAGUCAUGUCUUAGGAGCAUCAUGGUAUUUGCUUUCGGUAGAACGGUAUGCAACAUGCUGGAAAUCUAUAUGCAGAAAGGAACUCAGCCCUGUGAGAUGUUUUGCUAAGUACUUGAAUUGUGAUACUUUAGAUGAUGGUGAUCGCCAGAAAUGGAUAAAUGGUACUUCUGUCUUUAGUAGCUGCACUCCGGGAGAUUCUACCAUUUUCAACUAUGGCAUAUUUGAAAAUGCAGUGACCAAUAAUGUCGUCUCAUCGGAGUUCAUCGAGAAAUAUUUCUAUUGCCUUUGGUGGGGCUUACAGAACUUGAGUUCGUAUGGACAGAGUUUGGCCACAAGCACAUUUAUUGGGGAGACUUCUUUUGCCAUACUCAUUGCCAUUUUGGGUCUGGUUUUGUUUGCUCACUUGAUAGGAAACAUGCAGACUUAUUUGCAAUCCAUCACUGUGAGACUUGAGGAAUGGAGGCUCAAGCGUCGAGAUACCGAGGAGUGGAUGCAACAUCGUCAACUCCCUCAAAAGCUUCGAGAACGUGUAAGGCGUUUUGUUCAAUAUAAGUGGCUUGCAACUCGGGGAGUUGAUGAAGAAUCAAUCUUACGUGGAUUACCAACAGAUCUUCGUCGAGACAUCCAACGCCACCUAUGCUUGGACCUUGUUAGACGUGUCCCCUUUUUCGCGCAAAUGGAUGAUCAAUUACUUGAUGCCAUAUGUGAGCGUUUGGUAUCCUCCUUAAGUACUCAAGGAGCUUACAUAGUUCGUGAAGGUGAUCCUGUAACAGAGAUGCUUUUUAUCAUCCGAGGGAAGCUAGAGAGCUCGACAACAAAUGGAGGUCGAACAGGCUUCUUCAACUCAAUUACACUGAGGCCUGGAGACUUCUGUGGAGAAGAGCUACUUGCAUGGGCUCUGGUUCCGAAAUCUACACUCAACUUGCCUUCUUCCACAAGAACAGUAAGAUCCCUUGAUGAAGUGGAAGCAUUUGCACUCCGAGCAGAAGAUCUCAAAUUCGUUGCCAAUCAGUUUAGGCGGCUCCAUAGCAAGAAGCUGCAGCAUACCUUCCGUUUCUACUCUUACCAUUGGAGGACUUGGGCUGCCUGCUUCAUUCAGGCUGCUUGGCGACGAUACAAGAAGAGAAUGAUGGCAAAGAUCCUUAGCAUGACGGAGUCCUCUUACACUCUUGAUCUGCAAGUACCUGGUGAAAUGGAACGAGAAGAGGAAGUCGAAGAUACGAAUUCUUCGCCUUCCUCACAACCAAAACAGAACCUCGGUGUCACAAUAUUAGCUUCAAUGUUUGCAGCAAACACGAGGAGAGGAGCUCAGAAGAUUAAGGAUGCUGAAAUGCCCAAGUUGCAGAAGCCUGAAGAGCCAGACUUUACAAUGGAGCCUGAUGAUGAAUAAUACUUUCAAAACUUUUUGCUAAAACCAGACAACCUCCAUGACUAUAGGUGUCUGAAGAAUACUUAAAAAAAAAAAAAAAAAAAAAAAUUGAUAUGUAGAGAUUCCAAAAAAUGUGUCUAAAAGGGUAGAGAAUAAAUGAUUCUCUUGCAAUGCCACGGUUUAAACGGUAAUCAAGCUUUGGUUGCAGAAUAUUGUAUGAUCCUCCUAUAUAUAUAUAUAUAUAUAUAUAAAAUAUGUUGUUAAUGAAAGUAAAUCUUAUAUAAUA